AUGCAAUAUAAUACUAUAGCGAGUUAUAGGUUAGCAAUUAGUAAAGUAUAUGAACCUGUCGAAGAAAAAGCUAUUGGUGUACAUUCUAUUAUUAUUAAAUGUACUUCAUAUGAAAUACAAAAAUCUCUAUUUUUUACUACAACUGUUUCCUAUAAGCUGGCCUCAACAGACUCAAUUGCACAAUGGAUUAAGUCUUGCUUGACUAAAUCUUUAGAGGAUUUAAUAGCCAGAGAUGUACGAGUAAUUUCAGCCUUUUUAGCUCAAAACAGUGAAGCUGAUUUAGCUAUAAUUAUG